CGAAGCACAAUCGUAUUAGUAAGGCGAUAGGAGUGUGUGAUGUUCUUUUUUACUUUUUCUUACCCACUUCCAGAUAACGUUCAUACAUUUACUAAUAGUAAUACUUGUCUAUUGAUAUUUGAUGGGUGUAAUGACUAAACGAGAGUAUUUCAAAUUGCAUUGUUAGGAUAACUUUUAAGAAAUUAAACUAAAACUUCGUUUCACAAGAAGUAUUAGAUGAAAAGAAAGAUUUACAUACAAGUUUUGUGUUAGAACAUAUAGCAUUUAAAACUUGACUUAUGGAAAGAAAGAAAAAUCCCCCACCCCAUGGUGCGUAAUGCUUGUUUUGAAGGCCUACAAUUUUUAUACUUCUGACUUUACUUAUAAUGUUACAUAAUUGAUCUAAGAAACAUUGGGGCAUAAUUUUUAAACUAGACAUUUAAAAAUAAUGACUCAAAUAAACACAAUUUUUGUCAACUUGCACCUAUCCUGUAAGUGUAAGGCAUAAAUUACAGUUAGUGAGUAGUUAUAAAAAUGAUACAACUUGACCUAGUAGAAGUGGUUGUGAGUUGGUUGCUACAAUUUUACAAAUAUUUGUUGUGGUGUGAGAGAUAAGUUGGCUCACGGGAUAGAAAAGUUGGUGGAUGGAAGAAAGCAAAGUGUUGUUAUUAAAUGGUGUUAGGUCAAACUGGAUUAAUGUCACAAAUACAGUAUCUUAGGACUCGGUGUUGAGACCUUUGCUCACUUUGACUGACAUCAAUGACAUAGAUGAAGGAAUGCCCCUUUGUUGUAAACAAUAUGAUCUGAUGAAGAGUGCUAGCUCAAAACGUCAUCCUUCUUUAAAUAUAAAUAAAAAAAUAUAAAAAAACUUGAUGAUUGUUCAACCUAUUAUUUAAUUUUAAUAGAUGAAGGAAUGGUCAAUAAUUAUUUAAAUUUGCUGUUGAUAUUAAGAUUUUAGAUGUUGCCGGGUUUUAGGAGGAUGCUGCUGCUUUACACAAGGAUUUGGAUUAUUUGACUGGUGAUGUCAUUCCUAUGCCAGUACCAUCUAGUUUCAAUGAUGUUACUCAAAAUAAAACAAUAAGAGACUAUGUAGGAUGGGCUUGGUAUGAAACACAGUUUUUUAUUCCAACUUCUUGGAAUGCGGACAAACAAAGAAUAGUCCUUUAUUUUGGAAGUGCUCACUAUCAUGCUUGUGUGUUUCUGAAUGGAAUAUGGGUGGUUAACCAUACUGGAGGACAUCUGCCAUUCCAAGCUGAUGUAACAAAUAAUGUCAAGUUUUCUGUGAAAAAUUGGUUGACUGUAGCCCUUAACAACACUCUCACACAUCACACCAUUCCACAAGGGAAGGUUAUUUACAAGGACAAUCCAGAAGAAUACCCAGAAGGAUUUUAUGUACAAAGUGUGAAUUUUGAUUUUUUCAACUAUGCUGGAAUUCAUCGCAGUGUAAUCUUGUACACAACACCAACUGUGUAUAUUGAUGAUAUCAUUGUAGUAACAAAAAUAAAUGGUACCACUGGAAUUAUAAAUUAUACAGUAGCCGUUAACUCUGCGCAGCCAUCCUAUAUAAGCCCUUCAUGCUACGUAGAAGUGUUUGACAUGGAUGAUGAUCUUGUUGCACAAGAGAAAAAAUGUCAGAAUGUGAUUAAUGUGAGAAAUGCAAAAUUCUGGUGGCCCAUUGGGAUACAUCCCCAGCCUGGUUAUCUGUACACUUUGAAGGUGACUUUACUAGGUGGCAACAUUAAAGAUGUGUACUACCAAACUGUUGGUAUCCGCACAGUGGAAGUUACUGACAGAACUUUCCUUAUCAAUGGAAAGCCCUUCUACUUUAUGGGAUUUGGAAAACAUGAAGAUUCAAAUAUUCGGGGCAGAGGGGUAGACCUUCCACUUAUUGUAAAAGAUUUUAACCUAAUAAAAUGGAUUGGAGCAAAUUCUUUCCGUACAUCACAUUACCCUUAUGCUGAAGAGAUAAUGGACCAAGCUGAUAAACAAGGAAUAGUUGUUAUUGAUGAAAGUCCUGCUGUGGGGUUAGAUGCCUUUGAUUCUGUAUUGCUCACAAAACAUUUACAAGUAAUGACUGAAAUGAUACAACGGGAUAAAAAUCAUCCCUCGGUGGUGAUGUGGUCUGUUGCAAAUGAACCAAAAUCCUCUGAACCUGAAGCAAAAAACUAUUUCAAGAGAGUAGUGGACCAUACAAAAAAAUUAGAUUCAUCUCGUCCUGUAACAGCAGCAUUGAGUGGUCCAUAUGAAACUGAUCUGGCUGGUAAAUUUAUGGAUGUGAUCAUGCAGAAUCACUACUUUGGUUGGUACAGUGAUCCUGGAUACACUCAAGUGAUCUACAAACAGACCAUCAGUGUGUUCACAAAGAGUUACGAAAAAUAUAAAAAGCCUAUCAUGAUAAGUGAAUAUGGAGCUGAUACUGUUGUUGGAUUGCACAUGGACCCAGCAUUUAUUUUCACAGAAGAUUAUCAGACUGAGUAUCUAAUGGAACACCACAAAGCUUUUGACUUUCUUCGAGACAAAGGCUUUUUUAUUGGUGAAUUGAUUUGGAAUUUUGCAGAUUUCAUGACCAUUCAAAAAAUAAACAGAGUUGUUGGAAACAAAAAAGGAAUCUUUACUCGAGAGAGACAACCAAAAGCAGCUGCAAAAGUUCUUCGAUGUCGUUAUCUCCAUCUGGCCAAUCAAAGUACUCUAGAUACAAAUAUGUACUGUCCUGCAUGAGAUACAUUUAUGUGAAAUCAAGUAGAUUUAAUUCAAAAAUCUGCAUUUUCAUUGCAAUGUUGAAGUACAAUUUAUGUACAUUUUUGAGAAGCAUAUUUUUGGUUUAAAAACAAAAUCUGUCUCAAUGUAAACUUGUAUUAAAUAUAUGAAAUAUUUAUCUUGAUUUAGGUUUUUUGUCAUUGUUUAAAAAAUACAUGAAAAAUAUUCAGUAAUUUUCUGAUGAAUGUAUCAGAUAAGUGUACACAUAAAUUUUCACAAUUCCAAAUAAUCUCCCAUAUUCCUUUAUCUUAAUAUAACAGGGGAAAAAUUUAUUGUAUCUGCUUAUAUGUUUAUCAGCCUAUAUAUACAAUACCUCUGAUAUAACUAUAUAGAGCACUGACUGAAAUAUAAUAGAUAUUUUUCCUUUACUUGUGUUCAAAAGUCAAAUUUAGGAAUUUUUCUGCAGUUUAUUUUGAUUGAAAAUGUUUUACACCAUGCAUGCUUUUUACUAUUUAUGGCAAAGAAUUCAUGCUAGAGGGUAGUGUUUUUUAAAACAUAUAUAUAUAUAUAUUUGCCAGUCUGCUUAAGUAUAUGUGUAGGAAAUUAUCUGUUUUGUGCAUGGAUUUUCUUAAAUAUAAAUUUAAGGCUAGAAUGAUAAAGAAAUUUAUUUAAAUCAAAUAACUUAGAAAUUAUGGGAGAAAAUAGUAGAUACAAAGUAAUGCAAUGCACACCAUAAUUUCACUAGUGUGAUCAAAGUACUGUUGUAGGUUGCUUUAAAGAUAAUAUUCUAAGUGUUUAGUGUAUUUAAUAUAUGAAGUUUAGUUAAAAAGUAAAAACUUAUUGAUUUUAAAAUGUAAGGAUUGUUAUAUGAAACUUGUAUUGAAAUUUAAUGUUAUUACCAUUUCCAGAUUUUAUUCCUUCAAAAUACCUUUCUUAUGAAAGCUUUAACCUAAUGUGAUUGUCUUUUUAACAUAGAAACUGACUGUAUUUCAGUUUAAAAACUUUUAAUCCACAUUCACUUGUUUAUCUUGUUAAUAUUUAUGUUGGUUUUUACUACAUGGCUAUUAAAGUCACUGUUCUUGGGAAAACAAUUUUUGAAUCAGAAUUACACCACAAAGGAAUGAGAACUAUUAAUGUGAAAUGUAGUUUUUACUAGAGAACCUAAUGUAUGUCCAAUACUAUGUUAAAUAUCAACCUGUAUUUUAUACUUCUCCUGCAUCUAUAGGUGAGUUUUAAUAUAAAAAUAAAUAUUUAAUUAAAAUUUA